CUUUCCCUAACCUCUGCAAACCCAGCCUCUAGGUUUUUUUAAACAGCGAAGCAAGUGAUGAUUAUCGCUAUCAACAACAGGGAGUAUAGCGGCUAUGCACUGGAGUGGACGCUUGAUCACUUCUUUGUUCCUCCAGUUGACAGUGCCUUGUUCAAGCUCGUCAUCGUUCACACCAAACCUUCUGCUACUUCUACCAUCAAGCUCACCGGACCUAGUAGCUAUAUAUAACAAGUGCAAGGAGCUUCCGUCAAGGAACCCAAGAACCCAGAAUCAAGUUCCUCAAGGAACCCAGAUUUAGCACUAGGUUUCGUGAACCCAGAUCUGGGUUCCGUGAGGAACCAGGAUGAUGAAGAGGAAAACCUAGCACCUGGUUCCAUGAGGAACCCAAAUCUGGGUUCCACGAGGAACCAGGAUGAUGAAGAGGAAGAGGAUGGUGAAGAUGAUGAGAAGGAUGGCAAAGAGGAUGGUGAAGAUAAAUGGUGAGAUGAUGAUGCCAAGGAUGAGGCUGAGGAUGAGGAGAAAGAAGAAUAUGACGAAAUGAAAGUUAAUUAACUUA